UGGUAAUUCUACCCGCUACAUUCACAGAAGCCCAAGACACAUGCAUGAAUACGCUCAAGAUGGCAUGACAUACGUGAGAUCUUAUGGACGCCCUGACUUAUUUAUUACUUUCACGUGUAAUCCAUCUUGGCCAGAGAUAGAAGAAGAACUUUUAUUCGGACAGACACCCAGCGAUCGUCAUGAUUUAAUAGCAAGAGUGUUCAAACAAAAACAAAUGAAGUUAAUCCAUGUAAUAAAUAAUUGUCAUGUAUUUGGAGAAACACGAUGCUGGCUCUACUCAAUUGAAUGGCAGAAAAGAGGACUUCCACAUUCCCAUAAUCUUAUUUGGCUGAAAGAAAAAGUUCACCCAACUGAAAUAGACAAUGUUAUAUCUGCUGAAUUCCCAAGUCCAUUUGAAGACUCUAGCCUCUAUACAGUGGUGACCAAAAAUAUGAUUCACGGACCAUGUGGAAACCUUAAUAUGAAUGCACCAUGUAUGAAGGAAGGCAAGUGCAGUAAGAAAUAUCCCAGACAAUUGGUUACAGACACACAAACUGGACAUGACGGUUAUCCUCUCUAUAGAAGACGAGCACCAUCAGAUGGUGGCUUCACGGCAAAACUCAAGAUUAGAGGCAACACAGAAGUAGAAGUGGACAACAGAUGGGUUGUUCCAUAUUCUCCACUCCUUUCUAAAAUGUUUCAAGCACACAUUAAUGUUGAAUAUUGUAACUCAAUAAAAUCCAUUAAGUACAUCUGUAAAUAUGUGAACAAGGGAAGUGACAUGGCUAUUUUCGGACUCACUAAUGAAAACAGAAACGACGAAGUAUCUCAAUACCAGCUGGGAAGAUAUAUCAGCAGUAACGAAGCAAUUUGGCGGAUUUUCAGUUUUCCGAUCCAUGAACGCCAUCCAACUGUUGUUCACCUUAGUGUGCAUUUAGAAAAUGGUCAAAGAGUCUACUUUACAACAGAUAAUGCUGAAACAGUUGCUGCUGAACCACCAAAUACAACCUUGACAGCAUUCGUUCAGCUGUGUGAACAGGAUUUGUUUGCAAGGACACUGCUAUAUCCCGAAGUUCCAAAAUAUUAUACUUGGAAUGCAUCCAGAAAGGUCUUCUCCAAAAGAAAACAAGGAGUAUCAGUUUCAGGGCAGGAUGCAGUUGCCACAGAAGCCUUGGGUCGUGUGUACACCGUUCAUCCUAACAAUGCUGAGCGCUUUUUUCUAAGAAUACUACUUCACACUGUUCGAGGACCAACGUCUUUCACAUUUUUAAAAACUGUCAAUGGAGAGGUAUGUAAUACUUUUAGAGAGGCAUGCCAAAAGCUUGGAUUAUUAGAGGAUGAUCAACACUGGAAUUUUACUUUAUCAGAAGCAGCAUUGCAAUCUUCACCAGCUCAAAUAAGAAACCUUUUUGCCAUCAUCCUGACAACUUGCUAUCCAUCAAACCCUAGUGGAUUAUGGGAAAAACACCAAGAAAGCAUGAGUGAAGACAUCCUUGCAAAACUUCAAAGAGACAAUCCCACCAUUGACUUAAAAUUUUCUAGAGAAAUUUUUAAUGAGACACUUAUACUAUUAGAAAACAGAUGUCUGGCCAUCAGUAACAGAACAUUACAACAGUUAGGUGUACAGCCUCCAGAAUGA